GGGAGGGCGGAUAUAGUGAAUGCGGGGUCCGGGGAGGGCGGAUAUAGUGAAUGCGGGGUCCGGGGAGAGCGGAUAUAGUGAAUGCGGGGUCCUGGGAGAGCGGAUAUAGUGAAUGCGGGGUCCGGGGAGACCGGAUAUAGUGAAUGCGGGGUCGGGGGAGAGUAGAUAUAGUGAAUGCGGGGGUCCGGGGAGAGCGGAUAUAGUGAAUGCGGGGUCCGGGGAGAGCGGAUAUAGUGAAUGCGGGGUCCGGGGAGAGCGGAUAUAGUGAAUGCGGGGUCCGGGGAGAGCGGAUAUAGUGAAUGCGGGGUCCGGGGAGAGCGGAUAUAGUGAAUGCGGGGGGGGCGGAUAUAGUGAAUGCGGGGUCCGGGGAG